AUGGAACCUUUACCAAUCAAGUCAACGAAACACGAUGUCUACGAUUUUAUCUCACCCACCACGGGCACCAAGGAUGCGGCUUUGGGGAAGGCCGUUCUGAUUACGGGAGCUGGAUCAGGCAUUGGAGAACAUACCGCCAUCUACUUUGCUCGUGCAGGUGCCGCUUCCGUCGUCCUUGUUGGCAGGGAUGCUAAGGCCCUCGAGGAGUCCAAAGUUAUGAUACUAACCGAAUAUCCUAAUUGCCAUGUGCUUUGUGUUCCAACUGACAUCACCGAUGCCGAAUCUGUCGCAAACCUCUUCCAAAAGACUGGGAAAAUGGAUAUCCUUGUCAACAACGCUGGAUCGACGGGAACUAUCGGUCCCCUAGCAACAACUAACUUUCGGAAUUGGUGGAUGGCUUUCGAAACCAACAUUCAAGGCACGUACUUGGUUACUUGCGAAUUUCUCAGAUUACUCGACGGCGGUCCUGGUAUCGUUCUGAACGUGUCCUCGCGCUCCUCUUAUGUCACUGCCCCGGGGAUGAGCGCAUAUCAGGUCUCGAAAUCGGCUCUCAACAGAUUCACUGAGUUCAUUGACAAAGAUUAUGCUUCCCAAGGCGUCGUCGCGAUUGCUUACCAUCCCGGCGGUGUCGCAGGCACCAGAGUCGCUGAUAGUGCACCCGAGUGGCUUCGGAAAACUUUCAAAGAUACUCCUGCGCUCCCUGCCGCCACAGCCCUUUACCUGUGCCUUCCCCGAGCCAAAUACCUCAGUGGACGCUUUAUCAACGCGCAGUGGGACAUGGAAGAGCUCGAAACACACCGCGAGCGAAUCAUCUCCGAGGAUCUGCUGAAGAUGCGUGUGUUGGGCGUUGAUGACCACUUGUGA